AAAUCAUAGUUCAUGCAGUCCUGAUCUCAUCCUAUGCCUCUCUCUCCUCUUAGGAUGAGCCAUCACCACAGCUGUGUGGGCACUUAAUGUCAAAACCAUGUUGUCAACUGUAAAAAUAGAACUCCAAGAAUACCCAGCACCCAAGGAGCAAAAAAAUUUACCCUCCUGUGAGUAAGUGGCAACCGCCUGGGUACGCUCCACAUCCUCUGAUCUCUUGCUAUCAUCUUUUUCUUUCACUUACAAACUACUACACGUGGGAGGCAUCAUGAAUGGAAGUUCUGGAUAUCUGCUGAUCUUGGUCCUGUUUGUUGCAUCAGCUGGAAAAUGCCAGAGUCAGGAUGCAUACCAGCCACAAUACCACUGUCCACCAAACUUCAUCCGAUUGGGAAACAGUUGUUAUUACUUCAGUACUGACAUGAAUAGCUGGCACAGCGCACACUUUGCCUGUCGUGCUCUCAACAGCCAGCUUGCUGCCCUUGAGACUCUGUGGGAGGACCAAACCCUAAGGAACUACAUGAACAAACCACAGUUUGCACCCCUGAACAGAUGGGUUGGUGGCAUCUACAACUGGUCUCGCCGUCAGUGGACAUGGGGCUCCUCAGCUUCUGACAUGUCCUACUCGGGAUUCCUGACCCCACAGUUCCCCAGGUCAUCCCGAUGGCACUGCCUCUUCCUGUCUCCAGUCAUCAACUACCGCUGGAACCAUGACCUAUGCACGCAGUUCAUGCAUUACCUCUGUGAAGCCCCACUCAUUAGGAUCCCAGACCCCAAUGAAAUUGUUGUGGCUGUAAACACCAACCUCUGAAUGGCUUCUCAGGCCAAAUGUUUUGUCAGUUUUUCUAGUGAAAAGCAACUUCAUUAUUUCUUUGUGAAAGAAGAAAUAUAUCAGCCAUCAACUUCCCAGUAAUACAUAUUAUCAGUUUGAUAUAUAAGAUUAUAUAAUCAUAUAGGGGAGUCUCAUGUAUUAUCAAAUAAAAAAUGUUUCAAAAUGAA